GACCAGCAGCCCUCCUCCAGUGCCUCAAUGUAUCGUCUUGUGCGCGAACCACCUAGACCACUAUCAUCAGGACACAAUGAUAACGACAAUAACAUCUACGCUAGCGCCUCGGAAUGGGCCAGCGCCGCUGUCUCUCAGUCGUCCCAAGUGGCGCCUUGCAAUGCCACUGUUGUUACGACUACUGCUUUGAGUACAACUGAUGCAUCCGGUAAUUGUUCAUUGUCUCUUCCUCCUUGGUUGUAA